UUGCUUGCCCACAAAGAUGGACCUGAAAAAUUUGAAACAAAAUUUGAUCCUUAAAUCGGCGAACCUCAAAUUUUUAUUUGCCCGCAUAAAAGAAGAGCCUUCAAAUCAGUCAUCGUUACAUGCGGGAUCCGUCCUUAAAAUCCGUUGUUGAUACGUAGAUAAUCAUGACGGGUUGUUAUGAUUCAAUCUUUUUCCUCUUUCUCUUCAACCCACUCUGCGCAGGGAUGCAGGGUGGUAAUGGUACUUCGUGAAGAUGAGGGGUACCAGUAGGUUUCGCCAAAAUGAUUGAACGUAGGCCGCUAAGGUCACUAUAGCUCAGCAACGACUAGAUCGACGAGCUUCCAUCCGUUCACUUUCUUAACUAACGGACGAGCUUCAUUCUGUAGAGCGCUUGCCUUCCUUCCGGUUAGGAGGUCGUGCGUGCUGUCCAUCGGUUAGGGUCCAUCAACCCCGCUUCAGGGAGGCAGAUUAGUUGGCGGGCCCCAGUAAACCUGAUCGAUGGAUGCCGACGGGACCUACUAUUCUAAGGGAGUUCGGAAGGCCACAUUAAUCUUGUAUGCCUUAAAGAUAUCGAAUCCCAUAUUUUUAAUGAAAACGUACAUAGGUUUUGGCUACAUUUUCCAUUUUCAAGCAAAAUAUACAUCGAGUCUGCUGGCUUGUAUGAGACCAUGGAGUGUGAGAUAAAUUUAUAUUAGGAGAUUCAUCAGAUCCUGGGCGAGGUUAGAAAAUAUUCAGAAUGGAGGUUCAUCUGAAAUGGUGGAAAAUGGCUGUGACGAUGAUACUGAUGGCCAGUGAAGCUCAUGCAAUGGUGAAUCUUGGAAGGCAGAGGGAGAUCUUGGAUCAAAUUCAAAUACUCACAUACCAGGAGAGUCAAAUUCAUCCCCAAACUGAAGGAUCCGCGUACCAGGUUAGUCAAACUGAAUUUCGAAAUGAAACACCCCCAUUGGUAUUUUUUGAGGUCACAAAACCCAUUGAACUUCCCAAGGAGAGGCCCUGCUCUAUCCAUGUUUUACAAUAUGAUUUUGCGCACACAAUAGGAAAACCUCCCGUAAUAGUGGACUAUAAUCCCCCCAAAUGGUGCCCUGACAAAUGGAGUAAAGUGAUUAUGGAGUGGAAGGCAACAUGUAUAGGAAGGCAGUUCGAUAGAAUUGCAGGGGUAUGGUUGAGUGGCGUGGAGAUUCUGAGGACAUGCACAGCAGAGCCCACAAAGACAGGAAUUGAAUGGACUAUUUUCAGGGAUAUAACUAAGUAUUCGCCACUGCUGAAGAGCCCUCAGAUUCUUGAAGUGAAGCUUGACAAUGUAAUAGAUAAAACCUAUACUGGAAUCUUUCAUGUCAAUAUAACGUUCCAUUUUUAUGAAGAGAAGGGGGAGAUGGGCUUGCAUCAUUAUGGGUAUGCAGAUUCUAUUAUGCCCAUUUCUUUGCCCUACUCACAGAAUGCGGGCGCAUGGUUCCAAAUACACAAUGCAUCAGAUGUGCAGGGGAAGUCGUUGCGCAUACCACCUAAUGCUUACAGGGCAGUUCUGGAGAUUUAUGUUUCAUUCCAUGCAGAUGAUGAGUUCUGGUACUCCAAUCCCCCUAAUGAGUAUGUCGAGGCUAACAAUUUGACCAACACAGCAGGUAAUGGGCCUUUUAGAGAGGUAGUGGUUUUGGUAGAUGAUAUAGUGGUUGGUGCUGUCUGGCCAUUUCCUGUUGUUUAUACAGGAGGGAUUAAUCCACUAUUCUGGCGUCCUGUUUCUGGUAUUGGGUCUUUUAGUCUACCUAGCUAUGAAAUUGAGAUCACAUCAUUUUUGGGAAGAUUGUUGGAUGGAGAAGAGCAUAAAUUUAGCUUGACUGUGACCAAUGCUCUCAGUGUGUGGUUUGUGGAUGCAAAUUUGCACUUGUGGCUUGAUAACAAGAGUUCAAGAACAAGUGGAAAAUUAACUGAAUAUGAAGCGCCCCCUUUAAAGACCAAUCUUCAUUCAAAGUCAAACAUAGUAGGCCUGAAUGGAUCCUUUGUUACAUCUGCCCACAGGACGAUUUCCCACUCCGGUUGGGUAGAAUCAUCUCAGGGGAAGUUAACUACUCACAUUUCACAAGAGUAUAAGUAUAUAAAUUCAAUGACUUUUGAAAACAAUGGAGACGUACAGAUUGUGGAGCAGAGUAUAAGGGCCAAAAGCAGUGCUAUACUUGAGGUGCCCACAGGGAUACUAUUAUCUACUCAAGUUGAUAGGUCUUUUCCCACAUAUAUGUAUUUUGCCGAGGUGGACAAAGGUAAUGAUACCACGCUUGACACGGCAAACUUUUCAAAUGGAUUUAAUAUGGAUAUUUCCAUUGUUGCCCCAACGGAUAGUUUUUUCAGCUCCUUAGGUACUACUCAGAAUGCAGAGGGCUAUAUCGUUAUUCAGAAGAACUUAGUCAGCAGUGGGUUGGGAAGCACCCAACAGACGUACAGUUAUCGGAGUACUGAAGGUUGCUAUUCUAGAUCUUUGAGUGUUAGCAACUAUACGUUUCUUUCAGACCAUGUAGACACUUUCUGUGGCAGCACGUCCUGAUAACUUUUAAGAAUAACUUUCUUCAUAGAAAGCCUUGGCAGGCCACACAAAGGUAGGUUCCGCUUUUCCAGUUAUUUUAUUUUGUUGACAGGCAAUUUAUUCUCAGAUGUUAUAAAUCAGCAACUUUUUUGUAUCAAAUGGCAUGAAGUUGGACUUCGUAGCACUAUGGUUCAAUGGUAAAGAAUUGAAUUGUUCAGUACUGUGUAAUCCCAUCAUCAGUGCUCUUAAAAUACAACUUGCAGAAAACAAAUGUGUCAUUACUUAUGUGAUUUGAUGCAUGCUAUUUUGUUUCAGUGUAAAAUAUUUCCUGUAAAAAUUCAUAAAAAUAAAUUCUUCAUAUUCACAAUACCA